CGCGCAAAGGUACACCAGCAGUACCCAGCCCCACGCGUAUCCCUGCGGCCCAUGACGUCUCCGCGCACACGUUGCACACGACAUAGCUCCACUCGCGGUAUAUUAAAGCUUCUGCCAAGUACUUCUCAACAUUGUCUUGACCCUCACAUUUAUUCUUGUGUCGCUCAUGCUUCAUACUGGUGCUCGAUACGACUGAGCGGUGGAGAUGGAGCCCCUCAACGACGCCUCACUCCACCGUACCUCCUCGCAAACCUCACAUUCGAGUGGCAGGAAACAUAGCACUGUGAGGGUACGCCCUCGUAAACAUUCAUCCAACACUUCACUUCAGAGCUCGACUCUCUCGUCUCAGAAGAGUCUUACAUCCUUUCCCUCGUUGUCCCCAACCCUCGACAGCCCACCAAUACCUAGCGAACUAUCCCUUGCACCCAACACGAUAUCGACGACCGAGACAACAGCCGAUGCAACCAAGGAAGUGCCUUCCGCAGAAUCGAGCACGAUACGUAAAGUGUCUAAAGCCUCACGCUCCCUAGUAGGAAGUCUUGUAGCCACUCCGUCGUCUGAGAACAACCGGAACGCACUGUUCGAUGAUACACCAAAGUACGCCAGGGUGGUGCCUGGAAAUACUCAUUAUACAGAUGAUGAGCAUAUUCAGAAGAUGAUUGACCGUACGGGUGCAAUACCGCUGAUCCGCCAAUUCGCUAAUGACCUCGCCGAAAGAGAUGCACAGAUUACCGCACUAAGAAGGAAAACAGAAGAGAGGGAGAGGAUACUGAGAAAGAUGCUACUAGCGUGUGAGGUGUCCAAUCUCGAUAUCGAAACCCGUCUUAGGACUCUGGAAAAAUCUCAGGUGGUCUCUGAUCCAUUGCGAAUGAAAGGCGACCUUGAAUCUGAUAGCACACAUCUGGACGAUGAUAUUGACAAAAGGCUUAUGAGAGCGAUGGAAGAUGACAUAUCGGAAUGUUCAGAAAACCUCAGCCUCCACGAGGACUUAUCGUUUGCCGUCAGCCAAGCUUUGAGUAGUACUAGGCGAGAUGAGGAGCAAGCGACACAGCCUGCAGGAGCACGGACCUGGAAGUCGUAUGUUUGGACGGGUACAACAAAGAAAGGCAGUAAGGCGCCCAGCCUAAUCAGUGACAGUGAUGCUACUGGGACACGUGACAGAUCAAGGGCGAACAGUGGAUCACAACCGGCGCGAAAAGCCCUAAGACAGGACUUAUUCACACCCCUGGGGCACGUUAACGAUUUGGGAAAAGCAGUACCCAACCUUCGAAGACUGCAGAGCCAAGAUAUCGGAAGGAGUUCAUCUGAGCGUCGACAAGCAAAUACAAUGACCUCAUGGGCACUGAAGUUGGUGGGAGGAGUACAAGCCGGGAAGGAGACAGACAAGGCGAAGACUGUGAAAGUGAAAAGCUCGACACCAUCAUUGCAACGCCCGGGAGGUGCUCGCACAGUCUCUACGGGGUCGGCUGCGUCUGUUUCGAAAGUCGCAUCUGUAAGUGCACCCCGAGGUAGAGCUACACGUAGUUCGCUUGGGCCGAACGGAACAAUACGAGGCAAAGGAGUUUCGCCAGAUAGCCUACGAACAUCAAAUUUAGCUUCUCCAAGUCCUAAUGGAAACCUUCGGAGAGGGGCGAGCAAUCUCGGUCCUGUCGAGAUGGACACCAUCCUUCCCGAAGAUUCGCGUCCGCCAACGCUCAUGGCUCAUCACAAUAACAUAGGUGCAAGUCAAGAAUUUCUGACUGACAGGUUCGGCUUCAUAUAUGAUCAGCGAAGGAAGAAAAGGCAAAGCGAAGCAGCAGCAGCUCUUCGUAAGCACAAGAGAGGUAGUAACGUCGAGUCUCUUAGAGACGUCAGAGUCACUCUUGAGGAAGAAGAAGACGAAAGGAAAGUCGCUCAUCGUCAAGACACGGAAAGUUAUGAGCGACCUAGCAGUACGCACUCCACUGAGGAUCUUAAUGCUGUGUCUGGCAAGCGGUGGCAGGACUUUCUCAAGCUUGCCACAUUUCCAACGGAGUUAUUGUCGCAUACACCUUCGACUGCACCUAUCACAGCUGUAGAAGCGACAGAGAUUGAGACGAGCCACAGACCCUCAAAUGUGAAAGUGGAUAAGCGAGGCUCCGUGCCUGCGCUCAGCAUAAAUCCGGAGCCGUCACCGUCUCGCAUAUCCUCUAGCAACGCUGAAUUUGCCACUUCUCAGUUGUCAACCAGUCCAGCUGUCUCUUCUCCAGUUAAUCCAAUGCCUAACAAGCAACAGCCUGACCCGGUGAAAGCAUUGCUUGAGCAGCUAACCGAAUUACAUGACUCACUGCAGCGCGAUAAAACAGUGAGAUGGAACGAAUUUCUGCGCAAAGUCAGAGCUGAACGGAAGCGGGAAGGAGAAGUAAAUAACGAGAAUCGUGCGAAAGGGCUCACGAUGCCAGAAGCUCUCCUGAUGGAUGGCGAGAUCGUGGGUGUAGCAAGUCUCGGCAACAAAGGAAAAGUUGGUCGCGCGAAAUGGCAGGAGUUUCGUGAGCUCGUCCUCAGUGGGAUUCCAGUGACUUAUCGUGCGAAAAUAUGGGCUGAGUGUAGCGGUGCUUCUGAGCUCAGGGUACCUGGAUACUACGAAGACCUCGUCAAGAAUGGUGUGGACGAUCCUGUGAUUGCAAGCCAGAUCCAGAUGGACAUUACACGAACCCUGACAGACAACAUCUUCUUCCGCAAGGGCCCAGGGGUACAAAAGCUCAACGAAGUUCUCCUUGCCUACUCCCGCCGGAACACGGAGGUUGGUUAUUGUCAAGGCAUGAACCUUAUUACUGCCUCACUUCUGCUCAUAAUGCCUACCGCCGAGGAUGCUUUUUGGGUUUUGGCGUCUAUGAUCGAGAAUAUACUGCCCAAUAACUACUACGACCAUUCACUCCUUACGUCGAGGGCCGAUCAGGUCGUACUACGAUCCUACGUGACAGAAAUGCUGCCGAAGCUGUCAAACCAUCUGGACGAUCUCGGUAUCGAGCUUGAAGCCCUGACCUUCCAGUGGUUUCUCUCUGUCUUUACUGACUGCCUGUCUGCUGAAGCGUUAUUCCGUGUCUGGGAUGUCGUAUUAUGCAUGCACGACGGCUCUACUUUCAUGUUUCAAAUUGCCCUUGCACUUCUCAAGCUCAACGAACGGCAAUUACUGGACUGUGAUAAUCCAGCAACUAUAUACCAUUAUAUCAAUCAUCAGAUGACGAAUCAUGCUAUAAGCAUCGAUGGCCUCAUACAGGCAAGCGACGCACUCAAGAAGGUUGUCAAAAGAAAGGACGUGGAGGAGCGGAGAGCAAGAGCUGUCGAGCGAGAACUUGAGAUAAUGCAGCAACGAGAUGAGCUACGGCGUCAGCGAUCGAUAUCGAAGCCCCAGCGAAAGCCGAGUAGUCAUGAUUCUGAAGAAGACCGGAGUCGGCAGGCAGCUUUGACGGAGGCAUUGACACAAUCUUUCUCCCACGAGUCCUCCCCUGUGCGGUCUGCAUCAUCUACAAGAUCGUAUCAGGAUGAUGAUCAAGAAUCGGUCGACGACUUACAACAGAGAACUCCCAUGCCAAUUGAUGAGGAGGCGACGUGGCGAGCGUAA